UCAGAGGAUGGACAGCAUUGAUAAAGGGGAACACAGCAUACGUAGAUGUGAUAUGGCUAUGGGCGGCUGUGUUCUGAUCGUCUAUGUUCCAUUAUGGUGAUAAAAGGUUAACUUCGGGCCUCACCCGCUGUGGCAUUGGUCAUCACCAGUGCCAGCCAGUACCAGCUUCCACAUGCUCUCGUUUCCAUGCUUUGCCUCAUACCUGAGUCGUUCCUCUUCCCUAUCAUUUUGGCUUCCAGGGACUUCCACCAUUCGUAUAAAUAGCCGGCUGCACUUCCUUGUGCUUUGACUCUUUCCUCAUUGUUGUGACAACUAACAUGCUCUUUGGCGGCUUUUGGACUAUCCUCUCGCUCGUUGCUGCAGUCAGGGCUGUAGCGGACCCUCCUCUUCAUCUUACCAUCCGGACGCCUGACGAACUUUACGAUGCCACUGCACUCGUCGCGACGGUCAGGUUGAAAAACGUUGGAAAUAGAACGUUGCGGCUGCUGAAUGAUCCUUACUCCGUCCUGACACCACAUUGGGAAACGAACAUUUGGGAUAUCCGGAACGGACAUGGAGGUGUCCCAGAGUUCAAUGGCGUCCAGGUGAAAUGGUCGCCGGCUCUCGCAGCGGCUGCACAACAAUAUACUGUUCUCGUUCCAGGCGAAUCGAGGACAUACACACACAAGUUAGGCGAGAAAAUGUACAAUUUUUCAAGGUUGGGAGCCCCAAGAACGUACACCGUCUUGCUUGGCGGUUCUUCUCGAUCUUUUAUUCACGUCCCAGACAAUGGCGUUGGUGACAAGUUGAAUCUGGAGACUGUCACGUCCAAGGUGGAAGUACUGGGCACUCCUUCCACCAUCAUUCUCGGAAGGACGGUCCCACCUGUGAAUACUCUUCGGUCGCCACGUUUGUCCAAGAGGAUUAACACAUUUCAGAGCUGCAAUGCUGAUCAAGUGGUCAAUAUCUCUCGGGCGGUUUUCGUUGCACAGCAGCUUGUCAACGAGUCGUAUCACUAUUUGACUUUUCACGCGACAAAUUGUUCAUAUCCUCGCUAUGAAACGUGGUUUGGGAGCUGGACAAAGCAACGUGCCGAUACUGUCACAUCACACUACAACCAUAUCCGUAAUGGCCAGCUGUUCAGCGAUACGUAUAAUUGUUCCUGCGACGAUCCGGGAAUCUAUGCAUAUGUCUACCCUACUGAGUUUGGGACAAUUUAUCUUUGCUCAGCGUUUUGGUCGGCUCCUAUUCAAGGAACGGAUUCCAAGGCGGGGACACUGAUCCAUGAGUCAAGCCACUUCAUCGAUAAUGGAGGUACACAGGAUUUCGUUUACGGACAAGAUGGUUGCAAGGCGCUUGCUAUACAGAAUCCAUUAAAUGCAACAAAUAAUGCUGAUUCGCAUGAAUAUUUUGCAGAGAACAACCCUUAUUUGAAUUGAGUAUCAUGUUUUACACUACGAUCCUUUUAUCGAGAUUCCGCCACACUCUGCCUCCAAGGACGCUCAGAUUAUAUACAAGCCCCUCACCUGAUUUCUGCAUUGGCCUGUUUAUUCCCAAUUCUUGCUGAUUACUCUUUGCAUUCCCUCCCACGUCAUUUCCUAUGUGAUAAAUGCGUCCGAUUUAUUCGUUGUAUUGUAGAUACAGAAUUUUUAACCAUUACAAGCGAGAUGCCCUCAUAGUUCGGCCGAAUC